UUCGAAGUUGGAAUUCCACAACAAGGAGAAACAUGUGGUCGCCAGCGAUUUUGCUGCUCCUCGUUGGAGUGGCAUUCGCCAAUCAUCAGAAUGGAUAUAAAGAGGGCAAGGAGUACACGUACAAGGUUAGAAGUCGUACAUUGGCUGCCCUAAACUCGCAAUCGAAACAAUUCACCGGUGUUGUAAUGGAGGCUCGUCUUACCGUUCAAUCGAACGGUCAAGAAACUCUUCGGGCCAAGAUCACCCAGCCACGUUAUUCGCAAAUUCAUACGCGCCUCGACGAUGGUUGGGACUCGGACAUUCCGAACAGUCAGAACAAUCUUCAAAACUUCCCACUCAACAGCGAGCCAUUCGAAAUUAAAAUGAAGAAUGGCGUUGUCCGCGAGCUAAUCGUUAAUAGGAACCUCAAGACCUGGGAAGUCAACGUACUGAAGAGUAUCGUGAGUCAAAUGCAGGUCGACACCGAGGGACAGAAUGCCAAGAAGUCCAAGCACAAUCACUUGCCCGAGGGAAAGCAACCGUUCGCCAUGUUCAAAGUCAUGGAAGAUUCCGUGGGCGGUGAGUGCGAGGUGCUUUACGACAUUUCUCCGCUCCCCGAGCACGUGCUUAGGAACAAUCCGGAACUGGCACCUUUACCGGACUUCCGUGACGACGGUGACAUGAUCUCGCUCGUUAAGACCAAGAACUACAGUAACUGCGAGCAACGAGUUAGCUUCCACAGCGGACUCAAUGGACGCGAUAAACUCGAGCCCGGCAGUAACGACAAUGGAAAAUAUUUAUCCAGAUCGUCGGUGAGCCGAGUCAUUCUUUCUGGUAAUCUGAAAAAAUACACCAUUCAAUCGUCGGUGACCAUCAAUAAGGUUGUCCUCAAUCCUGACCAACACGAAUUCCAGCAAGGAAUAGUUGCGAGCAAGAUGAAUUUGACUUUGCAUUCCGUAGAGAGCAUAUCCGAAGAAAUAUCGGCACCGUCCAAUCCACAGUCUGCUGGCAAUCUCGUGUACAAUUACAAUAAUCCAUUCGAGAGCUCGUCAUCACGCUGGACGCACAAGAGCAGGAAACACUGGUCCAAUGACAACGAUUCCCAGGAAGAUGAUAAGAAAAAGAACAGGAGGAAGCACAACGACUACGGGAACUCGGACGAAUCGAGCUCAAAUUCCGAUUCUUCGGAGAACUCCAACGAGAACAACGACAACGACGACGAUUACCUGCAGCCGAAACCAAAGCUCACCGAUGCACCCCACAACCCCAUGCUCGCCUACUUCAUCGGUAACAAUGGACAAUCCAUUCAAAAGAACAACAAAGUCGACGCCGUGAAAUCGUCGAGGAACAUUGCCCAGCAAAUCGGCAAUGAAAUGCAGCAGCCCGACAGUAUGCCGGACGAGCAGACUCUCGAGAAAUUCUCCAUCCUCACGAGAUUAAUUCGCACCAUGAAUGCCGAUCAAAUAGCCAAUGCUCAGCGCGACCUCUACGAGAAGCCGCGUUCCCAUAAUCAGGUGAUUCGGGACAAGGAGGACCAGAACGUUCGUAGAAACGCGUGGCUUGCAUUCCGUGAUGCCGUGGCACAAGCCGGAACCGGCCCAGCCCUCGUCAAUAUCAGGCAAUGGGUCCAGAGCAAGCAGAUCGAGGGCAUGGAGGCUGCAAAUGUAAUUGACACUGCUGCGAAAUCCACUCAGACGCCCACGCCCGAGUACAUGGACACGUUCUUUGACUUGGCUACGAUGCAAAUGACCGUGGAUCAACCGACCGUACGCAAUGCCGCUAUUUUAUCAUUCGCCGAUCUCGUUCGUCACGCCAUCGUUAACAAGCAAAGUGCCCACAAUCGCUACCCCGUUCACGCAUUCGGCAGAUUCAUAUCCAAGAAGAAGAGCAACCUGCACGACAAAUACAUCCCGUACAUUGCCAAGGAACUGAAGUCGGCCAUCGAGAGCGGCUCCAGCAAGAAGAUCCAGCUUUACUCAACGGCUCUUGGUAGAACUGCUCAUCCACGUAUGCUCUCCGUCUUCGAGCCUUACCUCGAGGGUAAGAAGCAGGUUUCGAUGUAUCAGCGCCUCGUCAUGGUACUAUCGAUGAACAAGCUCGCGAGCAUUUAUCCAAAGAUCGCUCGCUCGGUACUUUACAAGAUCUACUCAAACAAUGCCGACGAUUCCGAAGUGCGUACCGCUGCUGUAUACUUGUUAAUGAAGACCAAUCCAUCGGCAAGUAUGCUCCAGAGGAUGGCUGAAUACACGAAUUACGAUAGCAGCAAGCAAGUUAAUUCAGCGGUGAAGUCCACCAUUAAGUCGCUCGCUCAACUCGACACUCAGGACGACGAUUUAUCCGAUGCCGCUAAAGCCGCGGAGCCCCUAUUGACGCCCGAAGAUUAUAGGCCACAAUUCUCACGGAUGCUCUUGGCGGGAACUCAAGAUUCUCAGACCGACUCUGGAUAUUCCAUAGAGGCCAACUACAUUGGCAGCACCGACAGCAUCAUUCCAAAGGGAAUAUACUUGAACAUCAAUCCGAUUUAUCGAGGAUUGCAAGUGCCGCAAAUGCAGUUUGGAGCUAGUGUUUCCAGUGUACAGAACAUGUUUAAUUUCAUGGGAGAUAAGCUCUCAAAUUUCAAUCAAAAGAUAAGCAAAAGCAAACAGAAGGCCCAGCAGGAGAAACUUUCGCCGGAAAAUAUCAUAAACGCCUUGGGCAUACAAGGUGACGAUGCCGAGCAAGUCGAAGGUCUUAUUUUCAUGAAUACGAGGCAUGGAAAUCAUUUCCUAUCCUUCGACAACCACUCCAUGGAGCAAAUCCCGAAACAGCUUAAACAAAUGGAGGAGGCAAUGAAGGAAGGACGAAGCUUUAACGAAACUAAAUUAAGUAAUUACGAAGUGACCAUGAGCUUCCCAAUGGAGACUGGCUGGCCCCUUACUUUCACACUCCAGAUUCCCACGGUCAUGAGCGUUAAUGGAAAAUUGAAGACGAAAUCGGAGAACGAUUCUGGAAAUCAGUCCCCUAUUCCAAAAUCCGCCACCAUCUCCGGCAAAAUGAGAUUCAUUUACGCAAUGAAGAUUCAGAAGAGAUUGAGUUUUGUCGUGCCAUUCGAAAGCCAAGAGUACACAGUCGGCGUCGACCGAAACUUACAGAUUCACUUGCCAGUUCGUUCCGAAAUUGAAUUCGACCGAAAGAAGCAGGAAGCUGUUUUAAGACUUCAGCCGAUUGGCGACGAGCAGGAGUACAAAGUUCUUCAGUACAAGACACAACCAUUCACCUCCAAGCACGAUAUCCUCAGCCUCCAGCCCGUUCAAACGGACAGAAAUACUCACACCAUUCAUAAAGAUCGCGCAACAUCCUCGCAGAUUGAAUUUAACGACAAGCACAACCAACAAAGACUGCAAUUCCAUUGGGAAAGACAGCCGAGCCGGUCGAACGAUAAUCAGGCCAACGAAAAUCGUCAUCUACGCGAAAAGGCUAUGGACGCUGCAAAUAAACUUGCCCGUUCAAUGGCUAUACUCUACAAUCCCAAUGAACCUGAAAAAUCAGAGUAUGAGAAGUACUCGGUUAAGGUGGCCUCGAAGAGCGACAUUAGCGCGGAAAUGAGAAUAUCCUACGACUCGCUGACUUCGGAAAAUAGUAACAAAGCCGACGAUUCUGACAGCUGGUCACCGAAAGCCAAAGUACCAAAUCUCGAAUCGAACUUGAACGAGCAGGAGCGCAAGCACAAACUUCUCAAGGAAGCCGCGAAGAACAUUAACUUUGCUAAUGCCAAGGCCGUUGACAUUAGCUUGGAAGUAACCGGAGGCGUACAGACAUCGGCAACGGUCACAGUAGCCGCCAGUAGCAGUAACAUCGACGAGAAAUCUCGUUUCCUUGUUGUUGCUUCGGCUAAGACUAACGAGGGCAAGGAUUAUUACUUAUCCGCUGGAUUCGAAGCCAGAUCUCCAAAUACGGAUAGUUUGGAUUACGAAGAAUCCUUGAAGGCUAAUACUCCGCGGGAACUCGAUGGUGAGAUCCAAUAUGGAAAGGGCAGCGACCGCAAUAACGAACAGAGCCAAAACAAAAUCAGAAUCCAGGGUAAGGCUAAGCUGAGCGAGGAGCGGAAGAAGGAGAUUCGUCUGUCACGCGACGCGCAAUUUUGCUCGAAACAAGAGAGUCAAAAUGGCAACAAGAUGUCGAAAUCUUGCCAGAAGGUUAACCAACGCGCCAGUACGGUCGACAAAGGCGAGCUCACUAUUAAAUUCGAGAAGGAAUCGACCGCUAAGGAAAUGGCAAUGAGCGUCCUCGAUACCGUCGAGAGUAUAUCUCAGAACGUUAUAACCGUUGAGAAGGACCGACAGGACAAGGAAGACAAGAACGAAAUUAAGGUUGCUUUUGAAAUGCUGUCCAAGGACAGAAAGAUGGACGUGACCGUGAAAACGCCCGAAGGCAAACUUCGAUUAAAAAAGAUUUACAACAUUCAGAAUAACGACAAUGACGAGGAGCUCGAAGAUGAAAUCAUGACCAACACUUGCCAUUUGGACAAGACGGAAGCCGAGACCUUCGACAAUCAUCGCUACGAUCUCGAACUCGGCAAAUGCUGGUACGUCGCAAUGACUGCCAACCCCAAGAACGAUCCAGAUCGCUCUGGCCAACAAUUAGAUCUGCCGGAAGACAUGCACGUCACCAUUCUGACUAGAGAAGACGACAAUGGUAAUAAGGAACUUAAGGUAACUCUGGGUGAUAACGAAGUGAACCUUUGGGGAUCUUCGUCCCGACGAGUGCAAGUCAAAGUCAACAACGAAAAGAUCGAAUACUCGAAGCAGAAUAGCUACCAAGAGAAGAAGAAUGGCGACAUACUUUUCGAGCUCUUGGAACUUCAGGACAAAUCCGUGCAACUUAUAUCCGACAGAUACGACGUUAAGAUAACCUACGACGGAUCUCGCGCUGAAAUUAAGGCUGGAUCCAAGUAUCUCGAGUCCGUCCGAGGUCUCUGCGGCAACAACGACGGCGAUUUGAACAACGAUCAGCAAACACCCAAAGGCUGCCUUCUUCGCAAAGCCGAUGAAUUCGCAGCAACGUACGCUUUAUUAAAGGAUAAGUAUUGCGACGACUCGGUUCGCCAGAAGGCCGAGAAGACUAAGAGCUCCAAGUGCCAUUACCAAUCGACUCGGCUCGGCAAUGUCAUCAGUGAGCAGGAAGCCGGACGCGAAACCCAACGCAACGACAAUCGCGACGAUUCGAGCAACGAGGAGUCACGUUGCAUGUCUCAUCGCACAAAGAUUAUCAAAACCGAGAACGAAAUCUGCUUCUCAUUACGACCGGUGCCCUCUUGCUCGUCCAGCUGCAGACCCAAGAAUGUCAAGACCAAGAACAUCCAGUUCCACUGUGUUAAUAAGUCAAGCGCCGCGGAAAAGGUUGCCCAGCGCAUCGAGAAGGGCGCCAAUCCAGAUUUAAGCCAAAAGUCCGUUUCCAAAGUCGAGGAAUUCAACAUUCCCAUAAGCUGCAAAGCUUAAGCUUCUGAUCGGCAACUCAUGCAAAAUGACAAAUUUAUUUAUUUAAAUUGUUUAGUU